AUGGCAGAAGGCAACAUGCAUAUUGCAUCUCAGUUCGUAGACGAUGUUAUAAGUGGGCAGGCUCGCGCGGAUGUUUCCAUGCUUACCUUCAAAGAUCACGACUCUUUUGUUGCUGGUAACCUAUACAAUCAUUUUCCAGCCUGGGAGCGCAUCGUCAACAUUGCUCCGUUUGAUCUUACGCCCAAGAUUUUGCUGUGGAUCAAGAACUAUGUUGACGUGCAAGAUUUCUUUCAACCCUUUAAAGGUCAAAAUAGGGAAGAAAACUUUGAUUCGGUUUUGCCCCCGCAACAGAUUUUUUCUAACGCACCGUCUUGUAAACCGUUUGCUCAAUUCAUUUCUGAUACCAUUUUUGAUCGGUUAAGGACUGGGGCUAUCUCCCUGUAG